AUGGAGGAAAAGAAGACAAUCAACUAUUUCAAAACAAGAAUCACUCGGUUGGUGAACCAAGUGAAGGCAUGUGGAGAAACCAUUACGGAGCAGUAUGUUGUCGCUAAAAUCUUGCGUUCUUUAACACCAAGAUUCGAUAACAUAGUUGUGGCGAUUGAGGAGUCGAAGGAUCUUGUGACGAUGAGCAAAGAGGAGUUGCAAAGUUCUCUUGAGGCUCAUGAAGUCCCAAAAUCAAAGAAUUCGACUUGUCAAAGGCGUGAGAGCAAUUACAAUAAACAUGGUGGUCAAGGAAACUUUAGAGGCGAAAGGAAGAGGUUUGACAAGAGCAAGGAGAAAUGCUACAAGUGUCAACAAUUUGGUCAUUUUGCGAAAGAAUGCAAUGCGGACAAGAAGGAAUCUCAAGGAGAUGAAGCCAAUGUUGUAAGGGAAGAGUUUAAUGGAGAGAACACACUCUUGGUCAUGAUCACGAAAGAAAAUUGUAGCAGCAAACAACUGCGGAACUGUAGCUGCAGCAUCUCAAAGAAUGCUGAAAAAUUGAGUUAUGGCCGGUUGAAUGAUACGAUUGACCGGUUGCGUGAAGAGGAAGACGCCAUGAUGAGUAUGAAAGGAGUCCAAUACACUGAAGAGGGACAUUUGGACUCAGGUUAUUCAAAUCAUAUGACGAUAAGAAAGGAUUUGUUUGUCAAAAUCAAUCGUGCCAUGAAGAACAAAGUAAAGUUUGCGGAUGACACCACUCUAAUGGCCGAUGGUAUCAAUGAUGAUUACAAGAUUCACAUGGAAAAUAAGGGGCUGAGCAUUUUGGAUGCAAAUGAAGUUUUGGUCCUUAAAAUGCCUAUGGUUGCCAAUAGAACUUUCAAGGUUGAGUUGAAGGUUAUGGAACAUAGAUGUAUUGAUACUGCAAUAAGUCGUGAAGAACAAAUGUGA